AUGACAAAAAUUAUCCUCAUUGUUUUUCUUUUUGGAUGUGUUCCGAACAUAAGUUCUGUUCCUGACAAUCCUGUUUUCGGAUACAUUUCUAAGUAUGGAAUACCUGCCGCUAAGAGAGUGAAAAUAGUGGAAGAUAAGAAUAAAAUGGAUGCAAGGAUAGUGGGAGGUAGACCGUCUUCUCUUGGACAACAGCCUUACCAGGCUGGUCUCAUAGCGAGUAUAAUGGGGACGUCAGACAAGAGUUUAUGCGGCGGAUCGCUCAUCACAGCUGAUAGGAUCCUCACUGCAGCUCACUGCUGGUACGACGGUAUGACCCAGGCGUGGAAGUUCGAGGUGGUUCUUGGUUCCGUGAGGCUCUUCAGUGGGGGAACCCGAGUUAAUACCAGUGCUGUUUCUGCCCAUCCAGACUGGGAUCCAUCGCUCGUUCGAAACGAUAUCGCUGUAGUGUACCUACCGAAUCAGGUUACAUCUCCGGGUCUUGUAGUGACUAUAUCACCAAUUGCCCUUCCCACUACGACCGAGUUGAAGCAGGAUUUCGUAGGCACCAAGGCUGUUGCUUCAGGAUUUGGGCUCACUGAAGAAGACGCCCAAAUUACCAGUGACCAGCAGCUCAACUACGCCAAAUUGAAAAUCAUACCCAACAGUGUAUGCUCUCUCUCCUACCCCUACUUCAUCCACGCUUCCAACAUAUGCACCAGCAGCGAACAGGGUUCCACACCCUGCAGAGGGGAUUCUGGUGGCCCCUUGGUAGUGAAAGUUGAUGGAAGGAAAAUCUUGAUUGGCGUGACAUCAUUUGGCUCAAUGUUUGGAUGCGAAUCUAAUUCUCCUGCCGUGUACACCCGAGUCACUUCGUAUCUCAGUUUUAUUUACCAACAUGUAUCAUAA